AUGGAGCUAUUCGUCUUUCGUAGACUCCAGUACGUCCGAGAUGCCACUAGCCGCGUCGAAUCGGGAGCGCUCUGUAUCCUUGCGAUUGUGCACGGCACCGGUGGCCGCAACGCCAUCAAUCGUCUGUGCGAUGCCCACAGGAUCCGCGCUCGCGUCGCCGGCGUCGAGGAGCUGCGCGACCUGGUGGCCCGAUACCGCUUCAGCGCUUCUUGCCUGGCGGAACUCUGCCGCGCUCGCCGCGCUCAAACUGGACCGCCGGCGACGACACCUUUGGAGCCAACGUCGGCGGCCUCGUCUUCGGAGCGGGUGGUUUUGGGGCUCUUGCGAGCAAACAACGCCCAGCCAGGCGCGAUCAACUCCGCCUUGCAGGCUUCUGCGGUACCAUCGAGCGCGUGGCGGGUGCGGCAUCCGGAUGCCCCGAUGGCGGCGGCCGAGGCGGAAAGGACAGCAGAGGCGACGGCGCUGGCACUCACCUUUGACCUUCGGCCGUUGCGACAAGCAAUGCCGCUCGAGCUCGAUUACAUGACGACGCAACAGCGAAUGAAUGGGAAGAAGACAGCACGGACGGAAGAGGCACAUCGACAUUGGCGUGACCGACGGCAGGCGGAUCGCCUGGCCCAGGAAGAGACUCCGCACGGGCGCGACUAA